CGCCCGUCAUCAGGAUCCGAGCACAGUCGGAGAUGAAAAUGGGAAGCUUAAGCAACAAAUCCAGUAGCAGAACACUAUUCGGAGCCCACUGUACCCGAGCGCACCAGAUCGGAGCCCUGGUCCUCGUCGCCUCCACGUUCUUCGUCACCCGACUCAUAGACCAGCCAUCUUCGUUCGCUUCCUCGGCCGUUGAUGAUCGGUUUUACGGGUCUCAAGACAUCCUCCUAUUCGCCGGCGGCGGCUCCAUCUCCUGGCCCCGCCGCGGAUACGGGAGCCACCUCUCCCUCAAGAUCUACGUCUAUGAUGAGCGCGAGAUCGACGGCCUCAAGCCCUUGUUAUACGGCCGCGACGGCAAGAUUUCCUCCGAUGCCUGUGUUAAAGGCCAGUGGGGCACUCAGGUGAAAAUUCACAGGAUGCUUUUACAGUCAAGAUUUCGGACGAGGAAGAAAGAGGAAGCGGAUCUUUUCUUUGUGCCAAGUUACGUGAAGUGCGUUCGGAUGAUGGGCGGUCUGAAUGAUAAAGAGAUUAACCAGACAUAUGUGAAGGUUUUAAGUCAAAUGCCAUAUUUUAGGCUAUCUGGCGGUCGCAACCACAUCUUUGUGUUUCCAAGUGGUGCUGGAGCAUCCCUGUUUAGAUCUUGGGCUACAUAUUUGAAUCGUUCAAUAAUUCUUAGUCCCGAGGGUGACCGCACAGAUAAGCGAGACACAAGUGCAUUUAAUACAUGGAAAGAUAUUAUCAUUCCCGGAAAUGUUGAUGACGGGAUGACUAUUCGUGGGCAUGGAUUAGUCCAGCCCUUGCCUCUAUCUAAAAGGAAAUAUUUGGCAAAUUUUUUAGGCCGGGCACAAGGGAAAGUUGGUCGGCUUCGAUUGGUGGAGCUUGCAAAGCAAUACCCUGACAGAUUGGAAUCUCCAGAGUUGAAGUUCAGUGGCCCUGACAAAUUUGGAAAGAAAGAAUAUUUUGAACAUCUCCGAAAUGCCAAGUUUUGCCUUGCUCCACGUGGCGAGUCAUCAUGGACUCUUCGCUUUUUCGAGUCUUUCUUUGUGGAGUGUGUCCCAGUGAUCAUAUCGGAUUAUGUGGAAUUGCCUUUUCAAAAUGUUAUGGACUACACCCAGAUAUCUAUCAAAUGGCCCUGGAAUCGUAUAGGUCCUGAACUUCUUGAGUACCUAGCCUCAAUACCAGAUAAAGAUAUAGAGAGGAUGAUCGCCCAUGGCAGACGGGUUAGAUGCUUAUGGGUUUAUGCGCCCGAAUCAGAUGCCUGCUCAGCGUUUAAUGGAAUCCUAUGGGAACUUCAGAGGAAAGUCAGGCAUUUCCACCAAUCAGCCGAAACAUUCUGGCUGCACAAUGGAUCUAUAGUGAACAGAAACUUGGUAGAGUUCAGCCACUGGAAGCCUCCCUUGCCUUUGCCUUGAUUGUGCUGAGGAAGAUGGUCUCUUCUGUUCGCCAGAGAUGUUACUACAAAUAUUACUUUUGAGCCACAUAACAUUUCCAUUUUAUCUUCUUUCUAUUCUUGUCUUCUCCUAUUUCAAAAAAGCGCCGAGGAAGGUUUAAAAAUACAGGGUUAAGUAGAUGAUUCUUCUUUCUUCUCAUUGCUUGAAUGAUAUGUAAAGACACCCAGAUGGUUAUUGUACCCUUCAUCAAUGUCUGUGACAGUCAAAUGGUACAGCUUGCUGUUAUUUUUUUGAUAGUUGAAUGUUUUAUCUAGUUUACGAAGAUUAGGCUGUAAUGGAAUUCUGAUUUAGAUAUGUUGAUGCUGCAAGCUAUAUUGUUAAUCAGACAGGUUAAAUUGAGAGGGGUU